AUGAAGGCCACUCUCCCUCUCCUCGUCCUCGCUGGCACUGCCAUCGCUGUCCCUGUUCCAGAGGAGCAGGCCCAGCAGGCCCAGAAGAUGCAGCAGGCUCAGCAGUUGGCUCAGAUCCAGGCCGCCCUCGAGGCCCAGCUCAUUGACGGCAUCCCGAUCCUCGGACCCCUCCUUAGCGGCCUUCUCGGUGGUCUUACCGGCGGUGGCGGCGGUGCUGGUCUUCCCAUCCUUGGUCCUCUCCUCGGUGGUCUCCCCAUUCUCGGACCCCUCCUCCAGGGUCUUCCCCUUGUUGGCGGUCUUCUCGGCGGCCUCGGCGGCGGCGGUGGUGGUGCCGGCGGUCUCCUCGGCGGUCUCCCCAUCGUCGGCGGUCUCCCCAUCGUCGGCGGUCUCGUCGGUGGUGGUGGCGGCGGUGCCGCUCUCCCCCUCACCCUCCCUCUCUCUUCCACCCCCGCUCCCGCUGGGGCUUCUUUCCCCACUGUCGAGGCUACUCCCCAGGACGCCGCCGCUGCCAUCCAGAAGCGCAGCGCCGCCUAUGCCCAGAGCGUGGCCAACUACUACGCUGCCCUCAACAGCCAGAUCAACCGGGAGGCUCUCACCCAGCUGUUGACCGACUUCCAGGACAACCUCGAGAAGAUCAAGCACGCCAUGGCUGAGGCUGCCGACAAGACACCCGAGGAGAAGGCCGAGGCCGUCCGCGCCCCCCUCGAGCAGCUCGACGCGGAUCUCAAGGUCGGUGUUUCCCGUCUCGUCCUCCCCGGUGUUUCCGGUUUGAAUGGUCUCCCCCUCGUCGGUCAAGCCACCACCGGAGUCCUCGGUGGUGGGCCCGGCGGCCCCAUUGGAAUCGUCUCUGGCAUCCUGAAGCUGGUCACUGACCUCCUCACCAGUCUUCUGUCUAGUGGCCCGGUCGGCGGUGGCGGUCUCGGCGGGUUCAUUGGUGGCGGCGGUCUCCUCAACGAGGUGAUUGGCGGGACCGGGAUCGGCGGGACCGUCGGCGGUCUCAUCUUCAACAGCCCCAUCAGCGGUCUGCUCCAGAGCAUCCUCGGCACUGUCGGAAGUGUCCUCCCUGGUUUGAACAGCAUCAUUCCGGCGCAGUUUUGAUGAUGACGGGAAACCCUCAGAUGGACUUCCUGGGAAGAUUCUAAUGACCAAAAAUUUGAGGAAGUGUGCGAAAACGUGCGAGGGAUUAGUACUGAGGAUUAAUGUCUUUGUUUUUUUUUGGGUGGAGGGGGGAUCAAGUAAUGGCUUAUGAAACUUAAUCUUCUUUUUUGGGCUUGUUGGGUAACACUGACUGCUCACCUUUUUUAGCUGCUCUUUUUUUGAGGAGUUGGCAUGAUGGUGGAGGGAUAGCGAAUGGAAGUUAUCAGGUUGAGGCGGCUGUUGACCUUGAAAGAUGAUGGUUGCUCUUGACGAUGGCUUCUGGUUUUUAGCUGAAUGGGAAUACCUAUUCUUAGUUGACUU